CCCGGAUGUGAAAUGGAGUCGCUCUGAUUUUAGGAAACUGGAUAAAACGCUUAAGUUUUCUCCGACAGACGGAUUAUUUUUUAAUCAGUAUGUCUUAAAGGAAAGUCUAUAUGUAUUCUGAAGAGACCUUUGUAACAACGUGCGUAACGUGACCAGAGUAGUUAAACGUCCCAAACUUCUCCACAUCAUGUCCAGCAGUUUGUUGGUGAAAACGCUGGAGGACCUGAGCCUGGAUUCAGGUUAUGUGGCCGGAGACCCCUGCCCGUCCCUCAGCCUGUCCUCCUCCGGCAGGUCGAGGCAGUCUCAGACGCACACAAGCACCCCUCACCGGGGCUCCUGGUGGCAGCACGCCGGCUCCCUGUACAGCAGGAACGGUAGCUGGGACACGGUAAGCACGCUGCCGGAGGACGCGGCGGACAUCCUGGCUAAGUGUCCCUGCCUGCCCGAACUGGAAGAGUAUCCCUGGACCGAGCAGGAGCUGCGAGAAGUCGUGCGUAAAGUUGUCAGCUCGGAUGCGUCGUUCACCGGGGAAGCAGUCAACCGGCUGUCCGUUCUGCUCCGCCGGGCUUUGGUGCGGAUCUCCCGGGAGGCGCAGCGGCUGAGUGAGCUCCACAGGCGGUGCACACGCCUGGAGGUCCAGAGCGCAGUGAGGCUGGUGCUCAGUUGGAGUCUUGCGGAGAAGUGCAUCUCCUCCGCCGUGAAGGCCGUCUCCCUGCACUGCAUGAGCUCCGGGGACACCGCGCGUCAGCAGGGCAAGUCUGCGCGCUGCGGGCUCACGCUCUCCGUGGGUCGCUUCUUCAGGUGGAUGGUGGAGACACGCGUGUCGGUGCGUGUGCACGAGUUCGCCGCCGUCUGCCUGACGGCGUGCGUGGAGAGUUUGGCGGAGGAGGUGGCUGGACGAGGGCUACAGGCGGCGAGGCUGGUCGCGGAGCAGGAGGGGGGACCGGUCGAUGGGGUCACCUGCUGCCCGGUGACCGUGGAGCUUCUGGAGGGAACCGUGAACAACGACGCGGAGCUGUGGGGCCUGCUGCAGGCCUACGAGCAUCUCAUUUGUGGCAAGAAUGCAAAUGGUGAGCUGUCUCUCCCAGCCCACGUCAGUCCAUACACGAAGGUUCCCGAGGAGUCAUUGGAGAGCAGGGAGGAUGCGUACAUCCAGCUGGAGCUGCGAACGCUGGAGCAGGCGCUGCUCGCCACCUGUGUUGGCAGCAUCGCAGAGCUCAGUGAUCUGGUGUCUCGUGCGAUGCAUCACAUGCAGCGUCUGCGCAGCUCGAGUCCCUCCAUCAGUCACGCUCGCUCAGCCAAUCAGCCGUCAGUUUCCUGGGCUCCGGACGCCCUGCGAACUCUUUACUACUUCCUGUGCAGCCCACAGAUGGAGUCACUGGAGAAUCCAAACCUGGAGCCUCCGGCCAUGACGCUGAGCCGAGAGAGGCCGUUCCUUCUCCUCCCUCCCCUCAUGGAGUGGAUCCGUGUCGCCGUGGUUCACGCUGAACAUCGCCGCAGCCUAUUGGUGGACAGUGAUGAUGUCAGACAGACAGCCAGACAGCUUCUACCAGGACUGGACUGUGAGCCCAGACAGCUCAGGUCCGAGUGCUGCUUCCAGUCCUUUAAAUGUCUGGAUGCUGAAGCUGCUUCGGCCAAGUUCCAGCUGGAUCUGGGCUUCAGGAUGCUCUCGUGUGGCAGAGCAGAUCUGGUCUAUCAGGCCACAAGGCUUCUGGGAGAUGAAGGUGUCAACACCCUGGAUGACCAGGGCAUGACUCCUCUGAUGUACGCCGCUGCAGCCGGAGAUGAAGCGCUGGUGCAGAUGCUCAUCGAGGCCGGAGCUCACCUGAACCUGCAGGUGCCCGGCUGCUCUGCCAGACACCCGUCUGUUCACCCCGGCAGUCGGUGCUGGGUCGCCCUGACCUUCGCUGUGCUGCACAGUCACCUGUCUGUGGCUCAGCUGCUGCUGGAGGCCGGGGCAGAUGUGGAGGGUGGAGCCCUGCUGGACGGUCAGGAGACCUCAGCUGAGACGCCGCUACAGCUGGCUGCUGCUGCAGGAUACUAUGAGAUGGUCAGUCUGCUGCUCACCCACGGAGCCGACCCUCUGCUCAGAGUGCAUCAUGGGAAUUCACUGACAUCACCGCUGUAUGAAGAUAUAAACUGCUUCAGUUACGCAGCAGCACAUGGACACCGAAACAUCCUCAGGAGGCUGCUGCUGCAACCACAGCACAGGAAGGAGGACAUCCUCUCUCUGGAGGAGAUCCUGGCUGAAGGAGUGGAGGAGGAGGAGGAGGAUGAAGAGGAGGUGAAGUCUCCAACACACCAUCCAGCUCCAAACUCCCCCAGCGUUGUUCCCAGACUGUGCAAAGCCAGGAUGAAGGCCCUGCAGCAGGCCUCCUACUACAGCGCUGAACACGGCUACCUGGAUGUAACCAUGGAGCUCAGAGAGAUCGGUGUUCCCUGGAGGCUCCACAUCUGGCUGGAGUCUCUCCGCAGAGCCCGGCAGCUGUGCAGGGACGAAGUCAUCGUCUUCCUCCUCACAGAGUUUCCAUCCAUCCGGUCGGAGGACUACAGCCCCGAGCUGCUCUCCUCAGGGAUCCCACUGAUGUUCAGCAUGUUGGAGACCAGCAAGGAUUACGUGGUGACGAAGCGUCUGGCGUCUGUCUUCUCUCACUGCUUCGGUUCUUCUCCAGUUCCUCCCGUCCAGCCGAUGGACGUCACUCUGUCCACACAGCUGGACAUUCACUUUCUGAACAACGAGGAGAUGUCUGACGUAACGUUCAUGGUCGACGGGCGUCCAUUCUUCGCUCAUCGGGUUCUGCUGAUGUCCGCCUCAGAAAGAUUUCGCCGUCUGCUCGCCGACUCCCCCGACAAAAUCAUCCACAUCAGUCACAUGACCUACAGCACCUUCCAGAUGAUGAUGAAGAGUCUCUACUGUGGAGGAACAGAAGGACUGAUUGUGUCUCAUUCUGAAGCCAUGAAGCUGCUGCCAGUAGCUGCUUUCUUCCAGCUCCAAAGUUUGCAGAGAAGCUGUGAGAUGACGCUGUCAAAAAGUCUGAGCCUGGACAACGUAGUCGACAUCUAUCAGACCGCCAAGCACCAUGGAGGAGCUGAACUCUGUAGGUUCUGUGAAGGAUUCUUCCUCCAGAACAUGGACCGGCUGCUGGACAGGGACGACUUCCACCGUCUGCUGCUGGGAGGCUUCAGUCAGGAGCUGCUCUGCCCAGCGACGGGCUCCCGGUCCGGGUCAGGACAGGACCAGGAGCCACCGGUCCUCCUGAGGGACCUGGAGGCGGCGCUGAUCCACAGACUUUACAGCCUCCACUCAGCGUGUCGAGAGUAGAAACUCCUGCAGAUGUGGACUGUCCACCACACUGGUAUGUGUGUUUGGGAAGAGUAGCCAUAUGUACACUGUAGUUAGAGAACAGACUGAAGUAUUACUGAUCCUAACAAGUUGUUCCUCUUAUUUAUUAAUCCUGACACAAGUGAAGACGAGGAGGAGAUGAUCCAAAUCGCUGAGAUUAGAAUUCAUCAGACGUUAUGAUGAAGUAAUUUAUCAAUUAAGAUCAGUAUUCUGGUUACAGUUUUCCCCGUCUCUGUGAAUUUGGCUUUUUGAACUGUUUUUGGACAACUUGAGUAACUUCACCUUCAGCUGUGAUGGGGAAAAAGUAAAUAUGGCAGUUCAUCUUUUUAUGGUUUCACUUGUGUCAGGAGUAGAAACGAGCAUUAAAAUACUGUGAUAUUACCUCAGGCCACCUCUUUGGAAAAAAAACCUGCUUUAAGUAUGAAUGUUAGUCAUGCGCUUGCUAAGACUGAUGUUUUUGUACUUGCUAGCUGGGAAACUGCUAAUAUAGGAGCAAAAAGCUGGAUCUGAAACCUCAGUAUUUAAGUUGAUCAAACUUUUCCCCUCACUGUCAGAUUCACCAAGUGGAUAUUUUUAACCUUAAUAGAUGGGAUGAAAACUGUAGCUAACAAAUUUUAUUAGCUGUAGGUAGCCAGCAAACAUAAUUAAGUAGUUUAAAACUGUUCUCGACUGACUUGUUUUUAAAAAUUAGCCUGUAAAUAGUUAAACACCUGCAUGAUAUAAAAGUUAUGAUUGGCCAUGUGGCCUUUUAGCGAUUUAUACCUACAAAUUAUUUAAUGUAUGGCAGCUUGAAAGUCUUUUGUUUUGAAAUUGUAGUCACUGCUAACUAGCUAGCCUCUGCUGCAAAAAACUUAAUCUGCCAGUGAGAGUCUUAACCUGACUUCCUGUUUACAAAUCUCACUGCUCUUCACCGGUGGCCAAUCAUAUGAAUAUUCGUGAGUUUUUCCAGACUUCCUGCCCAAAGACCGUCUGUUCCCUCCCACAUGUCAUGUUUCAUCAUCUGACUUUCCCAAUGUAGACUUUGGCUAGAAGUUUUCUAUUACCACAACAUAUUUCUCCUUCCUUUCUGCAUGUAAUCUGCAUAUUACUCCCUUUCACAACAACAAUCGAACCACAACAUGGAUCUAUACAUCUAACAUGUCUGGUCAAACAAACCAUAAAUCUGCUGCCCGAACCUGCAAAACACACAUUUUACUUAAACAAAAGACACUAGCUAAUAGCUGGAACACACAAUAACAAGCUGGAUCCAAAACUGACUUUGACACAGUGACACUGCUGAAUUAGUAUUAUUAUUUUUUUUUUCAAGUGUAAGGCCUGCAAAAUAAUAUUAUAUAAUAAUAAUAAUAAUAAUAAUAAUAAUAAAAAUAAAAAAAAAAAAAAAAAAUAAUAAUAAUAAUAAUAAUAAUAAUAAUAAUAAUAAUAAUAAUAAUAAUAAUAAUAACGCUUAUUAGCUAAUUGUAACUGCUGGACUCGUAAGUUAUGCUAACUGUAAGUAUUGCACUAGUUAGCCUGGUAUGCUAACCUUUGUGUCAUAUGCUUUUGACACUGACUCAGUUUAGGUUUUGGAAAUUAGGUGAGGAAAUUAGUGUUUUUCUUACCAGAAUUCCUACAAAAAAGCUGCAAAACAUUUAAAAAAAGACUAGUGAUUCAUGGCCAUCUAUUUUGAUAAUUUAUCCAUCUGUUUGUCUGUCUUUCUUUUUUUUUUUUUUUUAAGGGACAAAAGUCAAAAUUUCCUGAUUGCAGUUUCUUGAACUUCUGGUUUCUUUCCUCCUCUGUAACAGUAAACUGAUUAUCUUUGGGUUGUGGACAAAACAGACAUUUGUCAUCUUGGAGUUUGGAAAACACUGAUUCUUCACCAUUUUCUGACAUUUUUUAGACCAAACAACGAACCGAUUAUUUCGGAAAAAUAAUCGUUAGUUUCAGCCCUACUCUCAAACUAACAAAGAAGCUAAACAUAGUUUGGUGAAUCUGACACUUAAAAACAAGAAUAAACACCUGUAAAUACAUUUUAUAUACUUUAACUGAUAUCUUUUUUUAAUUAAUUGUACAGUUUUGUAGAACUUUAGUUGCUACAGCAGCAGAAAAUAUGACUGGAAGAUGUUUGCGAGGUGAAUGUAAAACCUCUGCUGCUGCAUGCGGAUAAUCAAUCUGAAUAUGUAAAGUUUUUGUACAUAUUUUUGUGAAUAAACAUCCAAAUGAGACAGAAACUUGGACCAGAAGUGUGCCUCAAACAGCGUCACACACAAAACGCUCCAAAGUCAACAGAUUUAUUUCCUUUAGCACUGAAGUUGUUCACAGUAACAUCACAAGGGAAUACAUUGCCAGUGGUUAUCCUGCUCAGUAGUAGCGCUCCGUGCUCCGAGUCCAUUCUGUGUGCUCUGGAUUCCCACAGUAGAAAAAGAGGAAAGCGAACAAUGGAAGGUAUUGCUUUUAAUUUUUCUCUCUGAUAACCCAACGCCCACCCAGCUGUUCUGAGUGAGCGAGCCGAUCGCCAGCGAGCUCCCUCUUUGAGAGAAUGAGUAAGGAGGAUGCAUUGCACGGUUACUGUGUGCGCACAGUAAUCAAAAAAGGAGGAAGAGGGAAGAGGACGGCGAGGUGGAUUAAAAUUAAUAUAAAAAAAAAACUAAAAAAAGGCAAAUUAAAGCAAAUGCACAUAAAGAACAUAAAUACAUAAAUAAGUGUGGAGAGAAAAAGGGAACAGGAGAACAA